AUGCAGAACCUUUCCAAGACAUUGGCAAUUGUGCUUGCUUGUGCGGUGAAUACCAACGCUCUCUCGUCCAUUUCCCAGACUCAUGGUCCACACGCGUGUCAUGGUGUCUCUUCCUCUCUGCAAGCACCAAACACCACAGUCGUCCUCACUGAGGUUCACCACCAAAAUGGCACUUCAUUCCCACUGGUCGAUCAAGUCUCUUCUUGCGGCGGACCCAACGAGCUAGCCAAUAUCACAGCCAACCUCUGCCGCCUCGUAGUCAACGUCACAACAUCGCGGAGCAGCAGUGUCCAAGUCGAAGCAUGGCUACCUGAUGACUGGAACGAAAGAUUUCUUGCUACUGGCGGCGGUGGCAUAGGUGGCUGUAUCGACUACCCAACGAUCCAGAACGGCGCCUCGCUAGGCUUCGCAUCUUUCGGGACUAAUGGCGGACACAAUGGUAGUGAAGGCUCUGAUUUCUUUCUGAAUCAGCCGGAAGUGCUCAAGGACUUUGGAUAUCGUGCCAUUCAUGUGGAAGCUGGCGUUGGGAAGGAGAUUGUGAGAGCGUACUAUGGCCGAGCACCUAAACACAACUACUACGCAGGAUGUAGUACUGGAGGAAGACAAGCGUUUCAAUCUGCGUUGCUGUAUCCUGAAGACUUCGACGGCGUCCUGGCUGGGAGUCCUGGUGUAGAUUGGUUGAGAAUCGUGUCCUCGAAGGGUAUUCUCGCUCGUCGAAUUGGCUGGCCAAAUAUUCACUCGACCAGCUACGUCCGCGAGGAGCAGUGGAAGGCCAUCGUCGAGGCUCAAAUUAACAUAUUAGAUCCGCUCGAUGGCGUUAAAGACGGCAUCAUCGACGAUCCGACCAUGUACCGCUUUGAUCCAGAGAUCCUAGCUUGUGGCGCUGGUGUGCUGAAUGGUAGUGUCUGCCUUCAACCCGCACAGAUCGACUCAGUGCGCAGUGCGUACGAGCCUAUCGCAGACAGCACAGGCAAGAUCGUCUACCCACCAUUCGAACUGGGCGCGAAUACCGACGUCUUCAGCAAGAACAUCAACACCACGACAGGAAAGCCCGAACUCAGCUACACCAUCCUCGAAGACUACUUCCGCGGCGCCGUAUACAACUCCACAGCCUGGACGCCCUCCAACUUCACCACCAAAGACAUGGACUUCGCGACGGACAUCAACCCAGGCCAAGUCAACACCGGCGGCACAGACCUCUCCGCCUUCCGCGCCAAAGGAGGAAAACUCAUCGCCUACCACGGCCGCAACGACGAGAGCGUGACAUCCGCGCUGUCAGCGUGGCAUUUCAGCGGCGUGCAGGCUUCACUCAACGCCUCUCUGUCCGAGAUGCACGAGUUCUAUAGACUCUUCUAUAUCCCGGGGAUGCACCACUGCUCCGGCGGUCCCGGGGCGUGGAAUAUCGGGCAGACGUGGCCUUUGGCGGAGGGGACGAGGGAUAGUCGGCAUAAUCUUUUGCUGGCUCUUGUUGAGUGGGUUGAGGAGGGAAGGAAGCCAGACAGCGUCAUUGGUACCAAAUUCAAGAAUGAUUAUGUCGCUGAUGGUGUCGAAAGUCAGCGAACGCACUGCGUCUACCCGCGGAAAAGUGUCUGGGAUGGGAAAGGCGAUACGAGCAGAGCUUCGAGUUGGAUGUGUACUUAA